AAUGGUAAUUCUGUUUUAGAGCAAAUAUGAAUCAUCGGAUGAAGAAUGGGUCGAAAGGGACGAUGAUGAUGGGCCAGAAAGACGCCAGGAAGUUUCGAAUUUGCUCAAAGAUGAGAAAUUAGUGGAAAGAAAACCUCGGAGAGAGGACGUGGAUAGCGACAGAAUGGAACGUAACAAUCAAGAGAGAGACCGUGACAGUAGCAGACGUCGGGAUGGAUAUCAUAGUCGCGGUCGUGAUGACAGGGAACGAUUUCAGAGGAAAGACGAUCGACGGGGUUACGGAGCACCGCGGCGAGGCUACCGAAGUGGUGGAAAUGGUGAUCAUUAUGGAGCGCGUGGCCGAAAUGAAGACAGAGAAAGAUGGAGAGAAAAGGAGAGAAGGAAUGAGAGAGAGGACCGGUCAACAUGGGAUAUACGCCCAAGUGCUGAGGAAGUUGCAAAACAGAAGAAACUUCUGUGGGGAAAGUCGACAUCGCAGGCUAAUGGAGAGGAAGGCGGCGUAUGUGGUGAUCAUGGACCUGGUGAAGCAGCGACAGCGUCGUCUGGUCAACAAAAAAAUGUUGGCUUGUGGUCCAGUGCAAUUACAGCAUGUGGUGUUGGUGGAGAUCAGGCGAACAAGUUUUUGAAACUCAUGGGAAUCAAGAAUGCCCCUACUGUGAAUCCGGCUUCUGAGGACAAUAAACGCCUACAAGAAGAGAGUGAGAAACAGAGGAAAGUGAUGCAAGAUCUGGAUCGUCAAUAUGAAAUUGCGCGCGAAGCAACCCACAUGGGACGUGGGCUUGGACUUGGAUUUCACCAAUGA